CUCCAUUUCCUCGCCUUCUCGAUUCCGCCGGCGACUCUGGCGCGCUUAGCUCUGCGCUUCCGCACGACGCCGGCGCUAUUUAACAGCCACUUUCCGUUCAACCGACGCUUUCGUGCGUUAUUCACAAUGGCUUCUUCCUUGGCACCCCCUCCGGGCCAAUCCGCUGCCGUGCAACCGGGUCGGAUCCGGGUCCUCAAAGAAGGAUCGGCGAAGCAAAUGGGUCCUGUUGUGUACUGGAUGUUCAGGGAUCAACGCCAUAGGGACAACUGGGCUUUGAUACACGCUGUUGAUCAGGCGAACAAGCGGAAUGUCCCCGUGGCGGUUGCUUUUAAUCUGUUUGAUCAGUUUUUGGGGGCAAAGGCUAGACAAUUAGGGUUUAUGCUGAAGGGUUUGCGGCAGGUUCAAGUGGAUAUUGAAGAGAAGCUUCAAAUCCCGUUCUUUUUGUUCCGGGGAGAAGCUGAAGAAAAUGUGCCAAAGUUCUUAGAGGAGUGUGGUGCAUCACUUUUAGUGACUGAUUUCUCACCUUUAAGGGAAAUUCGCAAGUGUAAAGAAGAGAUCCUGAAGAGAGUGAGCGAUUCGGUGACAAUUCACGAAGUUGAUGCGCACAAUGUGGUGCCACUAUGGGUAGCGUCGGAGAAGUUGGAGUACAGUGCUAGGACCAUACGGACCAAGAUAACGAAAAGGUUACCAGAGUAUCUCAUUGAUUUCCCUGUGUUACUUCCACCAAAAGCUAAGUGGGUUGCUGCCAAAGAUCAAACUGCUGUGGAUUGGGAUAAUAUCAUCCUUGAGGUUUUGAGGAAAGGAGCCGAAGUCCCAGAAAUUGAAUGGUGCAUACCAGGAGAAGAUGCUGCAAUGGAAGUAUUGAUGGGGUCUAAAGAUGGUUUCUUGACCAAAAGGUUAAAGUUGUAUUCUAGUGAUCGGAAUAACCCGUUAAAACCUAAAGGACUCUCUGGGUUAUCUCCAUAUCUUCAUUUUGGACAAAUAUCUGCUCAGAGGUGCGCCCUAGAGGCACAUAAAGUGAAGCUGCGGAGCCCCCAGUCGGUCGAUGCAUUUUUGGAGGAGCUUAUCGUGCGCAGAGAACUUGCUGAUAACUAUUGCUACUACCAGCCGCACUAUGAUUCACUGGCAGGGGCAUGGGAAUGGGCAAGGAAGACCUUGCAGGAUCAUGCUACUGACAAGAGGGAGCAUGUCUACUCGUUGGAACAGCUAGAGAAGGCAAAGACAAGUGAUCCUCUUUGGAAUGCUUCUCAACUGGAGAUGGUCGUAUAUGGAAAGAUGCAUGGAUUCAUGAGGCAAGCAACCUCUUCCUUUUUAUCAUUCUUUAACACUUGUUGCAUUGAUCUUUUAGCAACAAUUGGAGGCAGUGCUGUACCAUCCUGACCAGAAUUGUGUCACUAGCUGCUGUCUUUUUUAUUUUUCUCAUGAUGCUAGGAGGCCAGAACUGAAAUUUAUUUCCAUUCAUCAUUUAAAGCGCGAUUAGAUACAAUCGAUGCAGAAUGUAUUGGGCCAAAAAGAUACUGGAAUGGACAAAAGGACCAGAAGAAGCCCUGGCAGUUGCAAUACAUUUAAAUAACAAGUACGAGAUAGAUGGAAGGGAUCCAAAUGGAUACGUUGGUUGCAUGUGGUCAAUAUGCGGUGUUCAUGAUCAGGGUUGGCGGGAGAGAUCUGUUUUCGGAAAAAUACGGUACAUGAACUAUGCUGGUUGCAAAAGGAAAUUUGACGUCGAUGGUUACGUUUCUUACGUGAAGAGGCUGGUUGGUGAAGUGAAGAAGAGGAAAGCAGAGUCUGAACUUUCCAGAAAUGCCAAGGAACUGUGUCGUUAGCCUUUGGCUUCUUCCUUAGUCGGCACCUGCCAGACUCUCCUUCUGGUUUCUGCUUUGUUGUAGUCUAACAUGCCCCUGGAAUUGUGUGGUUACACACCUGAAUGAAUGUUAAUCAACAUAUUCUCUACUCACAUUGUUUAAUUGGUGUCUGAUUAUGCAUACAGCUUGCUCGGAUUAGCGAUGUAAGACUGCAAUGGCUGUUCAUUUCUAGCUCUUGUGAUUCAUAAGACCAUCUAGUGUAUCAAUAGGCAAACAUAGUUACACAUAACGACUGAAACUAACUUUAUCGAAUACACAAAUUAGGUGGAUUCAUGUCGACGAAUCCAUGCUACACGAAUCAGGAAUCACAAGCAGUAUGUUUCUUUCCUAUUGGUUAGUAGCAAUAUAUUUAUACACAAGAACUCCUCUGGGAAUGUCUGUAUCCUGUACCUCAAAUUACAAUGAAAAUCAAUGAGAGAAAAACAGCAGAAGCUACA